AUGGGUACAGGAACUGACAAGCUCCGGAGCAAUGCGCGUUGCUCGAAUGUCAUUGAGAUUGACUCCGACUCUGCCGGCGGCUCGGAUGACGACCUGCCAGACAUCCAAAGCCUAGCGUGGAUGCCGCGGAGAACUCGGUCCCCGCUGGGGCGCUCACGCAGUGACAUAUUCCCUUCACGGGAAAGAGCAAAGGCGCCAUCCUCAUCAACAAUGACUGCACAACCCAACAAUGGCAAGAGAACUAGGAGAACAGCGAUCGAACGGGAGACCGAAAAGGAAACCAAGAGGCAUGAGAGGCAGGCAGUCAAGGAGGCCAAGCUUCGCGAAAAGGAACGUGCCGCUGCCCUAGUGGAGGUGAACAAGAUGCGCACAGACAAGAAGGUCUCGACACCGGAGAUGAUUGUCGACCUUCCUUCCACGCUGGACGUGUCAAUCAGGACGCACGUCGAGACACUGUUGGAGGCCCUUUCGGUCGAACACUCGACGUGGGAUAGCCCGCACAACGCCAUCAAGUGGCGCCGCAAGGUGACGAGCCGCUUCAACGAGGACGCGGACCAUUGGGAACCCAUUCCACGCCGCAUCAUGGGCGAGCGGCACGCCGCCGUCAUCGUACCAGCAGCCGAAUUUGUCCGCAUGGCCAUCGACGGCCGAGUUGGUGCUCAUGCCACCCAAGUUCAGGAGGCAUUUCCCGACCACCAGAUCAUUUAUCUACUCGAGGGACUCGCAUCGUGGACGCGCAAGAAUCGCAACCUCCGAAACCGCCAGUUUACCUCGGGCGUCCGCGCUCGAGAGGAACAACAAAAACAACAACAACAACAACAGACAGGAGGCAACUGGAGGAGGAGGAAUGGCACAGCUUCCACUGAGGCUGCUGUCGUCGUGCCUGACUAUGUGGUCGAAGAUGCCCUGCUGGAGUUGCAAGUAAUGCAUGACGUGCUGAUCCAUCACACGGCCAUGGCGCUCGAGACGGCGCAGUGGCUCGCUGUGCUGACGCAGCACAUCUCCACGAUACCCUACCGCAAGCAGAGGGAUAGGGCCAUGUACGGCGCCGCUUUCUGCAUGGAGUCUGGCCAGGUCAAGACGGGCGACGACGCCUCCAGCACAUACAUAUGCAUGCUGCAGGAGAUUGCGCGGGUCACGGCUCCGAUUGCCCACGGCAUAGCCGUCGAAUUUGGGAGUGUCACCGAUCUCGUCAGAGGAUUGGAGACUGGUGGGCCCGGGCGACUCGAGGGUGUGAGGAAGACGAUCAACAACGAGGGGCAACUAUCCGACAGGACUAUCGGGCAGGCUGUGAGUAGAAGAAUGUACAAGGUGUUCACGGGUCGAGAUGAAACAAGCACGGAUAUUUAG